UCGUAUGCUAACGUCUAUUUUUAAAAUUAGUUAAUUAGUUAAAUUCUGUGAGAAAUUAACAAAUCAGUGAUAAUAAUUAAAUUAAUCUUGGAAAAAUAUGAAUUGUUUGCGAUUAAUAGAAAGUUUAGAUCAAAUUGGAUAUACCGGAAUGUGCAUUGGGGCGGAAAAUUCUCAACUUCUUCAAAAUUCUUUAAUUAUUCUCCAACAGGAAAAUCAUUUUGACAAAUGUUAUUAUUGGGGUAGAAUUAAUGGUGUUAAAAAUGAUUAUUAUAUCGCUUUUGGCCAUGGAAAGGAUUGUUUAAAAAGUCAAGUUUAUUACUAUAGCAUUGAUUGUUUGAAUUGGUUGCUUAUGCCAAAACCAAAUACAUGGGGUAAAUGUUUAGCACCUUUUGCAACAUCACAAUUCCAAGGAAUUUCAUCUUUCGUCACUAAUAUUUACAAUUUGAAUCCUCCAUUUCCACUAGAUGAGAAUUUAAAAAAAUACUACGAAGGUUCGAGUCCAAAAGAAUUAAAAGAAGAAGAUCGUUUAGCUGUUAUUGUAGAUAAAAUAAAUGAAGAUGCAAUGAUUAUUCCUCGUGGUAGUUGGCUUAAAAAUUCAAAUGGCGAUAUUAUUGAAAAUAAUAAUUUUCAUGGAUUAUCAAUUAAUGAAUCUGAACAAUUGAGUUUUUAUCUUCAUGCGAGAUUACCGCAGAGAAAUUGGAAGAUCAAUUUGCUGACAAGAAAUGAUUAUAAUUAUUCAUUUGAUUUUUUAGAUACUGCAGAUGUAGACAUUCCAAAGGGAUCUUGGUGUUUACAAAAAGAAUUAGGAGGUCGUUUAGUCAUUUUAACCAAUGCUUUUUGGCCUGGUGCGGUAUUUUAUCAUAAAAUAAAUUCAUCGGAUUUUGGAUUUAUGUAUAUUGGUUCAGGACAAAAAAAUAUGGAUGUUCCAUUUAUGAUUUAAUUAUUUAAUAAAACAAUCAAAUUUUGUUUCAAAUUUA